UUUUGCUGACCUCCUUAUCCCUAUAUACGUACAUAUAUACAUGGUUGCCACUUUCUCAUCACUCCAUUCACUACUUUACCAACCCGACAACCCCCUUCUCUCACCCCAAAUCACAUCCACAAUUCACUACUUUACUAAUCCUUCAUGGAGCGAUUGAGCUCGUCAGUGCAGGCAUGGGUGGAGGAACACAAGCUCGCCACCAUCGGAGGCGUGUGGGCGACGGCCGUGGGCGCGUCGGUGGCGUACGGUCGUCGGAAGUCGCCACAGAUGCGGCUGAUCCACGCCAGGCUGCACGCGCAGGCCCUCACGCUCGCCGUCCUCGGCGGAGCCGCCCUCGCGCACCACUACUACACUCCCAACAACAACAAGCAGCAGCAGCAGCAAGAUGACUACGAUUUCUACUCGCAGCUGCCGCCGGCCACCAACGCCGACGGCGAGGAGAACGAAAGGUGGAGCUGGUAGUGCUGUGCUACCCUCCCAAAAUAAAAGAUGAUGAUGAUCAAUUUCUAGCUUAGUUUAUUUUUUAUGUUAAUUUGUCCUAAUCCAUCCAGCUAGGCUGCUCUUAUCCACUCCAUCCUAUGCAUCUGAUCCGUAUAUAUAAAUCAAUAAAUUAUCCAAUCCAAUGCGUCCGGCUCCUGGUUUUCCGAUGGUGGGUUGAUCCGUCUCACUCUCACUGGAUUCUACAAUGCUUCUUCCAUAUGCAUACGUUAUAUAUUUAGAGCAUAAUGUUAAUAUUUUGCUACUCAAAAACUUGUAUUGGGUUUGUCUAA